AAAUGCAUUAUAAACCAAGCAACAAAAACACCCAGGCUCCAUGAGAGGAACAAGAUGACUACAACUGCUCCAGUCGCGAUAGGCACCCGGGGAACAGUAGGAUCGCUGGUGAGAAAGGAGAUCGAUUACUUCACUAAAUUCGAGCUGACCCGACAUGGAAGUUCCAGGAAAGCUCAGGCACGGAUUGUUGACAUGGCCUCCUGCAGUAGCAGCCAUGUAAGGCCUAGUUUUUGGUUCUUGGUAACAAGCUGGAAAAAGAAGAAGCGAAGAGGCUGCAAUGGGUUUUUACCGAGUAUCUGCUCUGCUAUAGAAGUUACAGACAGCAGUGGGAUCAACGCGAUUCCUGGUUUUAAUUACAGAAUUCUUAAGAGUGAUGAAAAUAAUUCGAACAUGUAAAUAAGUUGUUUGGAUGACAUAUAUACAGAUAUAGUACCCUUUUGACUCUUU